AUGUCCGCAAUCAGGCCUUUGAUCGGAAAGAUUGCUCUGGUUACCGGAGCUAGUCGAGGAAUUGGCAAAGGAAUUGCCUUGCAACUUGGCCAAGCAGGUGCCACUGUCUAUAUAACGGGAAGAAAGCCAGAACACAGUUUGUUAAACAAAUAUUCUGAAUUUCCAACAUUGGAGAAAACAGCUGAAGAAGUACGUAUGCGAGAUACUACAUGUCAUCCUGUCUACUGUGAUCAUUCAAAUCCUGACGAAAUUAAAUCUCUUUUUGAGAAAAUUUCAAAUGAAAAUAAUGGAACUUUGGAUAUUCUGGUUAACAGUGCCUAUUCAGCAGUCAAUGAUAUGGGUGAAGCAGGCAAUAAGAAGUUCUAUGAAUGUGAUCCAUUGUUCUGGGAUAACUGUAACAACGUAGGAUUACGUAACAACUACAUCUGUUGUACAUUGGCGGCACGAAUGAUGGUUGAGAAGAAAUCAGGAUUGAUCAUCAACAUAUCAUCCGCUGGAGGCCUUCAAUACACUAUGAAUGUUGCUUAUGGUGUUGGUAAAGCUGGUGUUGAUAGAUUGGCUGCCGAUAUGGCAGUUGAACUCAAAGGCACAAAUGUGUCAAUCGUAACUGUAUGGCCUGGACCAGUGAGCACCGAAAUGUUCCACAGGCUGGAACAGGAUGGGAAAGUGCAGGCGAUGACUAAACUUCCACAGGAAGUUCUCGAUAGUAUGCUAGGUGCUAGUGAAUCACCCGAAUUCACCGGAAAGGCUAUUGUUGCAUUAGCCACUGAUGCACGCAUACAAAAGAAAACUGGAAGAAUCUUCCUAACCUAUGAUUUGGCUAAAGAAUAUGGGUUCAAGGAUUUGAACGGAAAGUUGCCAAUGAAUAUGAGAUCACUAUCGUCUGCUCUCAGCUUUUUGGGAUGGACACGUCUUGCUUCCUUUAUACCAUCCUUCAUCACAGUUCCCACCGUCUUCAUGCACAUGGCAUCUUACAAGUUCUAG